AUGCCUUUGGAUUACAAUGAUCCAAGCGGAGUAUUUCAGUUUGUCAAUACUUCCGUUUUUAUUAGAGUUAAUGAUCGCCCAAUUAUUUGGAUUUGCUUAUUAUCGCCUGAUUCAAGCUGGCUUAUUUUUGGUAGAUCAAAGCUGACUGUUCUUAGAGCUACUAAUCUUCGUUUAUGUGGUGCUGAUCUUUGUCGUUACGAGCGUGUUUCGUUCAGCGUUUACUCUCCCUCCACUCACACUCCGAGUGAUCUUAAAAUUCCUUCUUGUAGCCCACUGUCCGACCUCAACAUAAGCAACAUAUUUUCCCAGAUAUCAGAACUCUUCAGUAUAUCAUCUGAUCAUUUGCAGCGCUUAUCAGAAUGUCCUCCUUUUAAGUCCAUCGAUUUUUCCAGAUUUGCUGUCGCUCUAGUACUUCGGUCUUUGGAGUCGCCCGUGAUUGAUUCAAUUCAACAAAUGCCGCAAUUUCAGUCGUUGUUUUCCUUAAAUUCCCAAUAUUCUAAUAAAGUUUCGAUCACUGGUGAGACGUAUUCAUUUCAAUCUGAUUCAGAUGGCAGGGCCUAUGCUGAAUCUUCAGAGUUAUUGGAUCUUUUUCAAUCACUUUCUGAUUUUCAAGAAACCCGGGGGUCAAAAAUUAUCGUUUGUGGUCCCACAAAUACGGGAAAAUCUUCUUUAUUACGGCGCUUAGUCAAUCAUUUCUUGCACACGCAUGAAGCUGUGGCUUUUUUGGAUUGUGAUCCCGGCCAGACUGAAUUUACUCCUCCUGGUGUCCUAGGUUUUACUAUUGUCAAGAAUUUUAUCCUCGGUCCCCCAUUUACGCACCCCCUUAAUGGUCUAUAUAAACCCAAACGACAAUGCUUCUUUGGUGGAACUUCUCCCUCUGUUAAUCCCAGUUUCUAUGUGAAUUGUUUGCGGUAUGUCUUUGAAGCAUUCCAAGAAGUCCAAGGCCAAAUACCCCUUGUUAUUAAUACAAUGGGCUGGACAAAGGGUCUUGGAUUGACGUUGCUCUUGGAACAAGUUGUGAUGACGAAACCGAAUGUUGUCGUUCAACUUUAUGUGCCUUCUCAAAGGGGAAAUACUCGUUUUAAUCUCCCUAAUUUUACUCCAGAAUAUUUAUGCAAAUCCAGCUGUUGGAGUCGUAGUGACUUAUCCGAUGAAACAUUUGAUCAUAGAAUAGUGGGCAUUCCAUCAAUGAGCAGGAGUGGACCAGGUGGUUUCACUUCCGCACAAGUCCACCGUGAUCUAACCCUCCUUGCUCAUCUCCUCACCGGUAUCGUAGAUGCUCCAACCAGUUUACCGGGUUCAGGGCCUCGUGGUCGUGGUAACACCUCCUUGGGCCAUCCAACAGCCCACUUACUUGACUGCUUACCCUAUCGUGUGCCUCUCGUCAAUACUGCAGAUCCUUCUAUCCCGGGAUCGAUAGCGAUACACCUUCUACAUCAAUCGCUGGACGCUUUGACAACUUUGCCUAUUUACACUCUACCAGUCGCCUUACGCUGUCUCAAUGGUACUCUCGUCGCGCUCUGUUCUGUCGAUGAGAGAAUUGUCUUUCGUCCUUCUGGCUUUGGAGGCUUGAGUGUGCUUUCUUGUGAUCCUUGUUGUGAAUUCAUUGGUUUAGCUGUCGUGAGAGCCAUUGAUCCAUCAGCAGGUGUUGUUUACCUAGUAACUGGUUUAUCACAAGAAGAACUUGGCAAUGUCAACGCAUUACCACUCUCGGAGGCCUCAUUGUCCCAUCCUGAGUCUGAGAAAGAAGAAAACAUUGCAAAUCCCUAUGUGGGCCCCCAAUUAACGUUAGCUAGAGGUAGAACUGGGCUUCCUGCUCGGCGUCAUGCUCCGCGGACGAUGCAUCACUCAGAGGGCUUUUCAUUUCGAGAUUCAAAUUAA